UUUAAAGCUGGUCACACUCCUGCCCUUUGAUUUUCCUUCUAUCGUGCAAUUAAUUAUCAACCAAAGGUUAACUAAAUAUGAAUCUGGCCUUGAAGACGGUAAAUGCCACAGGGAAACACACCGCCUCCGUGAUCUUUUUUCACGGAUCCGGCGACACCGGUCCCAAUGUUCUGGAAUGGGUGCGCUUCCUCCUCGGACGCGACCUAGAAUACCCGCACAUAAAAAUCCUUUAUCCGACGGCUCCGCUGCAGAAGUACACCCCGCUGGACGGGGAACUAUUUAACGUCUGGUUUGACCGCAGGUCCGUGAACAUUGCCGCGCCGGAGAACAAGAAAAGCUUGUCACAGUGCUACGAUGCGGUUAACCAGCUAAUCGACGAGGAGGUGGCCAGUGGAAUUCCGCUGGGCAGGAUCAUCGUGGGCGGGUUCUCCAUGGGCGGAGCCGUGGCCCUGCACACGGCAUACCACUUGAGGCCCAGUCUGGCAGGUGUAUUUGCGCACUCCUCGUUCCUGAAUCGCGGUUCUGUUGUCUACGAUUCCCUGGAGAGUAGUAAAGCUACUGAAUUGCCGGAGCUGCGAAUGUUCCACGGAGAACGGGAUACUCUAGUACCAAAAGAUUGGGGCCUGGAGACCUUCGAAGCACUUAAAAAACUAGGCGUCAAGGGCACUUUCCACCCACUUAGAAACACCCUGCACGAACUAAAAACCGCCUCACUUAAGGAUCUUGAGCAAUGGAUACAGGAAAAACUGCCGCCUCUGGAAAACCAAGUGCUAAAUAAACUCUGAUUGUGUUCGGCAUGAAUCCCGUGCAAGUUGCAGCAGCGCAGAGGCAAGUCUUUCCGUCAUUUACCUUUUUGUACUGCCCCUCUCCGCCGUAAUGAAAGCACAACUCCUCCCAGGCCGGAAUAUCUCGUGCUGCAAAAAUACCUAGGCAUAAAGAUUCGUUAACUCCAGGAAUCGGAGUACAACUAGCAAUAAAACUCACCUAUUUUCGGCAA